AUGCUAGUUUACUUGGCGGUCAUCUUUGAUCUGCGAUGUAAAAUGAGUUUUUUGGACUUUGGGGUCAACUUGCUUUUUCCUACUAUUGCUAAUGACAUUAUGAAAAUGAUUGAUAAAGAUUUGCAUUGCUUGUUCAAUGAGUAUUCUUCUAAUGCCGGGAGAAUUGAAUUUUUUGAAGGUAAAUCUAGUUAUUCGACAAAUCUUUGCAGUUCAAUGGAAAUAGAUCAGUCAGAAAUGAAAACAGGCUUGACCAAACAAAAAUAUCUUAAGAAGAAGAAACAAGUUGUAUUAGAAAGCAAAUCUGAGUUGGAUAGAUAUUUGGGUGAGGAUGAAGAAGUAAACAAUUCAAGUUCAUUUGAUUUACUAUUGUGGUGGAAAAUGAAUAGUCCUAGAUUCCCUAUUCUUGCCCAAAUGGCUCGAGAUAUUCUUGCUAUUCCUAUCUUAAUAGUUGCCUCGAAAAGUGCAUUUAGCACGGUUGGAUGUGUUCUCGAUAGUUUUAGAAGUUCUCUAACUCCUAUCAUGGUCGAAGCUUUGGUUUGCACACAAGAUUGGCUUCGGAAAUCUAAUGAUGCCAUCAAUCUUGAAGAUUAUGUUGAUGAACUUCAAACCAUGGAAGAUGACUUAUCCAAAAUACCCAAAGAUCAAGAAGGUAACAUACUUAGCAUUAGUUUAUAAAGUUAAAUGUUUAUUUAAUUUAUUUUUGCAAAUUUUUUUUAUUAUUUAACUAACUCAUUCAAUACUUUUACUAGAUGUUUCA